UUUCGAUAAUAGCCUAAUAAAUCAACAUUACUUUGUUGGUUUGCUCAAAAGGCGUGCUUUCUUGCUAGCGACUUCCAGAGAUUAGUCUUUCGUCUCCCUCCUCCAAUUUUUUCCUUCUUCUUCCUGACUAAAUUGAUCCGCGAAUCGGACGAUUUUCUUCACCCAGUUGUCUCCCUGUAAUAAUUUCUCUAAUAAUGACAGAAAUUGCGGGAAAACCCACCUCGGAUUUGCAAGCUUCUCGUGAGGAUCACAACGAGAUAGAAGAAUCGAACACCGGAGUAACUGAAAUUCAGGAAAAUGUCCCAGAAGAAAACGUAUUGAAGUUCCUUGAUUCCAUGGAUGGUUACUUGACCCUGAUGGAUUCCUUAUCCUCUAUUCUUCGCCAGGGAUGGCUGGACUUAGCUAGUGCCCGGCAUUCAAUGGGUACUUCACGGAUAAACCCUUCUUUGUUUGACCACAAAGAACAUUCUGCUUCAACCACAUUACAAUUGGGUCAUCAAAAUGUAAGCUCUGGAGUAGAGCAACCACAUUUCCAGUUGCGAAAAUGGGAAUCUUCUUAUAGUCCAAAAAGUGGGAAUUUUGAAGCUAAAUUCGAGGAGGAUAAAUUGGCUCAGAGUUUAUCUAAUGGUCUUCGGAUGCGCAACUUGAAAGACUCGUCUGAUAGUGAUGAACUAAAGGAGAAACGAACGGAGAAUAAUGCAUCACCAACUUCUGCUGACGACCCCGUUCAAAAGGAGCGACUCAAGUCACUCUCCAUGUUUGGAGCAUUAUUUUCUCCUAAACUUCGAGCUGCCCAACUCUCGUUUGAGACAGCUCUGGAAACUCUUGCUGAAAUAGCAAAUGCAAGAGCAUCAUUACUGUGUGCUUAUGAACAAGUUAGCAAAGAGAUGAAGAGCAGGCGACAAUGAUAAAAUCUUCUCCCCCCUUCAUUCUGUAGGAUCAUGUUUUUGGAUCUUCGGAAUCAGCUGUAGAAAGAGAUAGGUACUGGAGAGGCAGGACAGUCUCAAUGCAGUAUAGAUUCUGCCUGGUUCUACCUUCCACUGGUAUUGUGUUAGUUGUUUUUACUUUUUUCAGUUACACCCUAGAAAGGGAGCUUUUCGCUGCAGUAGGAGCUGUUGUCAUAUGAUUCAAUGAAGGCCACAGCUUCAAGUUGUGGGAAGUAGAAACUGCCUUUUGGAGUUAUAUAAGGUUAGACUACUUUAACUAGGCCUCCAACUCCUUCCAAGACUCGCUCAAACCAGAGCGAUAUAUUAUUUUUGUUCUCUUUUUAAAUUCCGAAUUAUAUAGCUUAUGCCGAGAUUGAUAUUCUACUUUCUAUAGAGUUUAUGUUGUAGUAGGUUUUUCAGUGAUACUGCGACUUCCUUUUCUGUCAUGUUGUAACCUCCAAAGUAUAGCAUUACACAAUAAGAGAAUGGUUCAUGGAAGUUUGUUGUUGAUCUUUCUUAUUGAUAGCCUCAAAAUUUGAUGGGGAAAAAUUAGGAUGAUCAUCGAGUGGGCUCAAUGGUAAUCUGUUGAUCUAUUUAGUGAGAUAAACCGCUUCUUCCUUUCUUGUAUUUUCCUGUACUUGAAGCUUUUGGACUGUAGGCUGCUUGAGCUAAAAUAUCUAUCAAUAUUGGACUUUGGAAAAAUGCAAAUCUUUCAAAUUUCCAUCAUUUCUCUCCAUCAGGUUGAUAUUUCGAUCUUCUAGAUCAUUUGAAAAUUGAAACAUUGCAUCUCUUCAUCUUACCCCUGUUCACAGAAUCUAAUGAUAGUUUAUCUAAGGUUUAAAAAAAUUAAUUAAAAAUAAAAUAAAAUGAUAUGAAAUCUCUUUUAUUCAUAUAUGCACAAUGUUUCCGGACAGACCUCUCAAAAAUUGAUCGAGGUCAGACACAUUGUUCGAGAAGAUGAACCUUCCUACACCAAGACCUGACUUCAAGAGGAUAGUGAGUUUAACCUUGUCAGAAACAUAGUAGACAAUAACAAAGCUUAUGUCCGAAUUAUCGUCUAAUCUCACCGUAAAAACAUUUAUUACUAGGUCUUAUGAAAUACUCCCUCC